AUUCAUUCAUUUAUUCAUUCAGUCACUCAUUCACUCGUUUCCUCGCUAUACGCGCGUUCAUCCGUUUAAUAGCAGGCCCAUAAUAGUUUGUCGUCGUUCUUGAUUGUUAUUCCUGUUAUAAAAAAAACUGUGUAUAUCCGCUUGUUUUCAGGGGAACGGCUCGUAGUAGAUACCAAUCCUACUCGCUUUAACCAGUCCGCUGUUCUUGUGAGCCCAGUAUACAACAGAUCACGUGACUGGUAUAGCAAGUGCUUAAGAUUUCGUUACAUGUUGAGGGGGCCUGGAAAGAAAAAAAUGACAAUUUUCCAUAAGACAGACAGCUAUCGAGAAAUACCAAUCUGGAUCUCAAAACGUAACACUGGUAAAACUUGGGUUUACGGGCAAGUUUCUCUGAGUUCUGUUUCGAAGUUUCAGGUAUUUAUAAAAGGUGAAGCAGAGAAGAACAAUAGCUUAAUAGCAUUGACUGGAUUGUACAUUGACGAGGGGACGCAUUGCACUCACCAGCCGCUGUCGGCCAAAAAAGCUUGUAACGAAAACCUAUUCAACAUGUCAGGGUAUUUCUUUUCUCCAUCAUUUCCUGGAUAUUAUUUUGGAGACAUUUACUGCAUGUGGCACAUCACCGUCCCAUCUGGUUACGUCAUUCACCUUGAAUUCCAAGAAUUCCAACUCAAGGAUCACCCCAUGUGCGAGAGCUGUUUCCUUCAGAUUUUCGAUGGACGCGACGAGACUGCGCCCGCGAUGGGCAGAUUCUGCGGAUAUGCUUAUCCUCCCCAUUUUGUAUCUUCAUCAAAUCACUUCACGGUUGUUCUUGAUUGUCAGGGAGAUUUGCGCGCGGAAGGAUUCAAGGCCUUUUAUCGCUCGGUUGCAGCUUCUGAUGAUCUGGCUGCAUCUUGUUCACGUCAGCAAGGAUGUCCAUCAAGCUGCAAGUGCGAAGAGUUAGAUGAAGGUCCAGAAAAAACGAUUCUGGUAACCGGAGAAGACUUGGUCACCGUGCCGAGCAAACUUCCUUCCAACACUGGAGCAGUGUUUUUCCAAAAAAACCGGAUAUCCCAGCUACGAGAGAUGGAUUUCACAAAUCUCACAAAACUAGAGUACAUCGACAUGAGUUUUAAUAUCCUUCUCCAUGUGGAUGAACACUCUUUCCAAAAUCUUCCCUCCGUUAACACAUUGCGACUAAAUUCUAACUUCUUUCGUUCUCUCCCUGCUGGAGGAUUCACCGAGCUUCCCAAUUUACGCGUCCUUGAUUUGGGAUGGAAUCUUCUACACCAAGCAAGAAGUGGAAUGCUUGACGGACUAACAAGUUUAGAGGUUUUGAGUCUGCGCUCGAACCAGAUAGAAGGAAUAGAGUAUGGUGUUUUUGACAACAAGAGCAACUUGACCCAUUUAUACCUUCAGGAAAACAAGCUCACAACUUUGCCAAGUGGUUUGUUUGGAGCCCUUGCAAAACUGAAAGUGUUGGACCUAAGCAGCAACCAGUUGACGACAGUUACAAAGGGAACUUUUCAAGGUCUAGAGUCGUUAGAAUAUCUGUACCUGAACAGCAACAAACUGUCUGAUGUGCCGUCCGAUGCUUUUAGUGAACUGAAAAACAUUAAAUACCUGAAACUUGACCGCUUCAUCCUCUGCUGCUAUGCCAAGAAAUCAAUCGUGGGAGUUGACUGUGAGUCUCCAGUCGAUGAAUUCUCAAGCUGUGACGACCUCAUGAAAAAUAAAACUCUCCAGAUCUGUAUUUGGAUUCUUGGAAUCCUCGCCUUCCUUGGCAACCUCUUUGUCAUAAUAUGGCGGGCCCUCGACAAAGAAGAGAACAGGGUUCAAUCGUUCUUGCUGACAAAUCUGGCUGUUGCUGAUCUGUUGAUGGGCGUGUAUUUGCUGACAAUCGCAAUCAUGGACUUAAGAUGGCAAGGGGAAUACUUCAUGCAUGACAUCGAAUGGAGAUCUGGUAUAGGCUGUCGAAUUGCUGGAGUUCUUUCGAUGCUCUCCAGUGAAGUAUCCGUUCUGAUUCUAACCAUCAUAACAAUGGACAGACUAAUAUGCAUCGUCUUUCCUUUCAAGUUCAACCGCCUUACUUACAGAGCGGCCGUGUUUGCAUGUAUAGGAGUAUGGACGUUUGGUGUAGUCAUAUCGGUUAUUCCUAUUACUGGGAUUAGUUACUUUUAUGGUGAUGAGAGCGCUGGUAACUUCGGUUUCUACAGCCGCUCUGCCGUUUGCCUUCCGCUUCAGCUGUCUGGAGGAAGACCGGCUGGCUGGGAAUAUUCUGUCGCCUUUUUCGUUUGUUUAAACUUCAUUUCUUUCACGUUCAUUUUCGUCGCCUACAUGACAAUGUUCUGGACAGUAAAGCGUGCGUCCCGCGCCGCGCGAUCGACAAAUUUAAACAAAGAAUCCGCCAUGGCCAAGCGACUUGUCUUCAUUGUGAUGACAGACUUUUGCUGUUGGAUGCCAAUAAUUAUAAUCAACAUUUUAUCUCUGACUGGAAAUUUUGACGAUCCAGACAAAAUUGCCUAUGUGUGGAUAGCAGUGUUUGUUCUUCCGCUCAACUCUUCCCUCAAUCCAAUCCUGUACACGUUUUCCACCGAAAGAACUAAACGAAGCUUGGUCCGAAAGCGGAAAAACGUCAGUAGUUUGGCAAUGAAGACGCUCCACAGUCGUUUGCCAGGUCGAAGGCAAACAGUUGAUUGGCUUAAAACAUCUGAUAAUAUCACCUUGGUCACCAACGUCGUCCCUGGCUCUGGUGAUUCCAUUCCACUUCCGUCACCGAGACCUGAAGCGGGAACAAAGGAACAAGACAGUAAGGAAGUACACAUAGUACAUGCUAAACUCAAGCUUAUUGAAGACGCUAACAUUCUGCAAGACGAUACUGCAGGAAAAAGUUCGACAGGUUAUGCUGUAGCCUGGUGCGAGCAAGAAAAUUUUCUUAGUAUGGUACUGCUCAAAUAUUUUGCCAAAGAAUACAAGAAGGAGUGGUUAGCUGAGGUUGAUACGGUACAAGGCAUGUCUUGUGAUGAAGAACCUCUCUCGAAUCUACUUCAUUAUCGUUGGCACUCCAAAGCUCGCGACCAAAUCAUUGAACAAGGAAAAGUGAAGAUUCGUGAAUUACACUCAAACAGUCUUCUGAUUUGCUACGAUUUUGUGUCGAGUUCAACAUUGGAAGAUUUUCUUUGUGAGAAAGGAACUGUUCUUAACUUCGAUGCAGUGUGCGCCAUAGCUUGUGACGUCAUCAGUGCCAUAGAACGACUACAGGAUCUUGGGAUACUCCAUAACAACAUCACAACAAGCAACAUUCUCAUUGGUCAAUGCUCACGACUUCCUCCUAUAAGAGCAGUCUUGAGUGGUUUUUCUCGAGCGUCCAAGAUGAACGAAGCUGGGGCUUUUACAAACUGGGCAGCUGAUGAACAGAGUAACUUUGGCAACGAUAUUGAACAAUUUGGACAGUUGUUAGCUACCUUAUUAGGGCAUUGCCAUGGCUCAAGUGAAUAUAUCAAGCUUCAUGAAAUUAUGAAUCUGUGUUUUGAGGAGACAGUGGAGAACAGACCUACGGCAUUUUACAUCCGGGAGCUUCUGGAAGAAGUUUGGUUCUGCGUGGGAGUCUGGGAUACCUGUCUAUGAAUAAAACUUGUUUCAAUGAGCUAUUUCACUGUCUCACUGGACGCAAGGGAAAAGAAGUGUAAUAGCGUAUAGUUUUUUAUUUCCUUUCCCUUUCACUUUCAAAGGAUAAUAUCGUUAUUUGUAAUGCCAUUUACUCAGCAACCUACUUCUUUUUUGAUGGAGUUUGCGUGUUAUGAAGCUAAAAUACAUUGUAAUAAGUUGUGUUCGGUUCUGUUAAACGGUCUUAAACCAACUCUCAAACAGACGAAAGACAACGCUAUGUGUUUUCUUAUUUUACGAGGUCAGUCAAAGUCAGCUCCUGUACAACAACUAACCAAUGAGUCCAUUCCCAAGCAAUCAUACCUCCAGACUUUGCCUAGCCUAGUGAGGAGUUUGAGAUAGUUUUAGUUAGGUGUCCCCUAUUAGCAGUGGGGAUUCUCCACUGCUUAUUAUUAGAUGUAUUUGACACGUUAAUAAAUUCACUAUUAUUAUUAUUAUUAUUAUUAUUAUUAUUAUUAUUGAGAAAUCUUGUUAAUUGUCUCAGUUUAUGCACGAGGAAGAAAUCGUUUGUUUGAUUUCCGUUUUUACUGUUGUAAAUACAGUGUACUUUAUUUACAAAUAUAGAGUUCCGAGUUGUAGUCAAUUCAAGGUUUUGUAGAUAUGUAUACCAAGCUUUCUCGGCUUGAAGGGGCUACUCGGCCCUCAUGAUGUAAUCUUUACCUUUUACUUCAUGUACAAAGCUGACCCUUUUGGUAAAUGCCAUGAGCUUUGGCUUGAAAGUAGAGAAUUUAAUAAAUUUGAAACAAAUAAUUUCAUUUAGUGGUGAUAGUUUUGAAAAUAAGUCCAUAACGAACAAACUACCGUAGGAGUUUUCUCCAGGCCUUAAGUCGAAACGGACUGACCGCGGCGAAUUAAAGAGGCCUAGGAACUAGGUAAGAGUUCGUGAUUUAAAAACCCCUCAGGUAUGACAUGUUAUCGAUCUUAUUUCUUUUGUUAUUAUUUUAGAAAAAUUUCCUGUUUCUUUUUUCUCGUUAUUGCUCCACAGAAAAUACGGAUUACAUGUAAAUGCCUCUAUUUCCAUACAACUACAGCUAGCCUCUUUCCGAAGCAAGAGAAAAACGGAAGUUUUUUGGUUUGAAACGUCCAAGAGGUUUUAAUUUGCUUUUCCCGAUCGAAAGAUCUAGUACUAAAGGCUUAUUAUUGAAAGACAAAAAUUCCCUUUCGAAAUACGAUACAAGUUCUACGGUAGGGGAUUUGUAAUCGGAACCAUUAAUCGCAUAAAGCGGAAAAUAAGCGCAUAAGCUCGUGCUUAGGGGCAACGGGAAACGUUUAAACGUUUUGUCUGAGAUUUGAAGGGGCAUUUUUUCAUGAUUUUCCAAAUAUAAGUGUACCACGUAAGGGAUCGUUCUCUCUUACUUUAGCCCUUUUCAUUUUCGCGUGAAAUCCUCCGCGCUUCGCACGAGGAACGAGACAGGACGAAAAGCAAGCAACGAGAGAUGCGGACAUCUGUUUUUUCCUAAUAUUCAAAACAUUUAAAAUAAAAACCUUUAUAAACUCUGGCAAUUAUGCUUCUAAACGCGUUUUUAUUGAUGUUAAUUUGAGGUCUCAAAGGCGUUCUUGUUUCGAGUUUGUCCUUAGUGACAUUGGGUUUGGUCAGUUCUCUGUAUGAUUUAGAAUUAUUCUUCAUGUAAUUUAUGACAUAGAAAAAAUAUUGAGAACUACUGGUUGUAGUGGUAUCGUCGCUUUCAU